AUGACUUGUUCUUCUCGUUGUUAUGAUGACUCGGAUGCUACUGAUUAUAGUUAUCAAAACUCUGAUACCGAUAUGCAACCUCAUUAUAACGAUGAGGUUGUUAGUAAUCAACAGAAUGAAAGUUUAUGUGGAAUAUUAGAACUUCCAACUCAUCCUAAACGAAUCUUUGAAGAUUUUGUACCGCUACCUGAACUAUUACUUUUUAUUCAAAAAGUUACCACUAAAGCUCGAAUCGAUGUUCGAACAAUUAUAAUAGCGUUGAUUCUAGUUUUAAGAUUUAAGAGAAAGAUACAAAAUAAGUUACCAAAAAAUAAAAUACAAGGAGAAUAUGUCUCGUGGCUACUUAUUGAUAGACCCGAUGAUUCCGAUGGCUCAGAUAGUCCGAUAAAAUUCGUGGAUCUUUUGGUUCAACGAAUUUCAACGAAUAUCUGUUACACCUUUUCGCGUCUUCUGACUGGAACAUGCCAUAAAAUAUUUCUAUCCGCUAUUAUUGUUGCUUUAAAGUUCUCAUUUGGAACAUUUCCUUACAAUUCAACAUCACCAUCUACCUCAGAAGAAGAAUUACCUUUACCGAAAUCACCAUGUGAUGAAAUACCAAUUAAUGAGCAAGAAAAUUUAUCAGAAACAAAUAAUCCAAUGAUACUUUCAACAACACCUUCAUCAGUCUCAUCAAACGCAUCAUUAGAUUAUGAUGAAUUAGCUUCACAACAAUUUAAUAAUCAUGAACAUUCAUUAAAUUCGAUAAAUCAAAGAAUUGCUGAAAGUUCUGGAAUUUUUUCGAUAAAUGAAAUUAAUAAGGCGGAAAAAUCAUUCCUUAAAAUCUUGGGAAAAUUUCAAGUUAGUGAUGAAAAUGUUCGAGAUUUUAUAGAAAGUAACAGACAAGCUUUAGGAAUAUGGUGA